AUGACAUGGAAGCAGAAGAAAGACUUGGAGAAUAGGAAAGUUGUUUCACUCGGUGGAAAGCCUCAAAAGAAACAAAGACUACCUCUUAGCGUGGCACGGGUCAUGAUGAAGAAGCAAAAGGAAAGAGAAGAAAAAAUGGCUCAAGAGCCAGUGGAAAGGCGCCGACCUGAGGAUAGAGUUCUGAAGUCGAGCGAAGGUAAUUUCAGAAACGGUGUUCUUGAUGUUAAGCAUUUAUUAAGAUCUCCUGCCCCUCGGCCUCAAGCUGAAGAUAACAAUAGUGGACGUAGUCAUGGGAAGGGGAAGAGAAAGAAAGGUGGUAAAAAGGGGCAUGGUAAAAAGAAGAGUGGUGGUAAAAAGCGUCGGUAG